CUUCUGUUUCACUUUGAUGCUUUUAAACUACUUUUAUUCCUUUGUUAUUUUUUUAUAAACCUACUGAAAAGGCAGAGGACUUUUUAUAUCUUAUAUUUUUUUCUUUAAUCUAAAGAAAAGAUUUUCUGGCAUCAAGAGAGAUGAAAGAGUCCAACAUGAACAACUGCAGCAACAGCUUCAACCCUGAAUCUAAAAUCCCAGCAAUCUUAAAGGUAACUGAAUGGAUCGUCAUUUCUACUGGACUUCCUUUGACCUUAGUGGCCAUCUUUGCUGUUUAUUCCCUGGUGCGAAAGGAUCAUGUAGCUCCAGUCUACAUCAUCAACCUUCUGAUUUCUGAUCUACUUCAGCUCUGCUGCAUGGCCGUUUUCCUCACCACCCAAUCAGAUGCUGCCAGAUUUAUCUACUUCUUUGGUCUGAUUUCCAGCAUUGGAUCCAUGGUUUGUGUUUCCCUAGAAAGGUAUUUGGCCAUCACCCAGCCACUGUGGUACAGAUUCAGAAGAAACAUCAAGACCUCUGUGGUGGUCUGCGUCGUGGUCUGGGCCAUCCCCUGGAUUUAUGCCCUACCUCUCUAUUUCAAGGCUAAUUUUCCAGUUAUAGUCACCAUUUGUGGGGUCUUCCUCCUCCUGCCCCUCCCCCUGUUCAUCUUCUUCCUGGUUGGGACCAUUAAAGCCCUGUCUGCAGCUCGCAGCGUCCCUGCUGAUGAAAAACGAAGAAUUGUGGCCAUUCUGGUUGUGCUGCUGUUUAUUUACAUGCUCCUGUUCCUGCCCAGCAUCAUUUGGUUUUUAGCAGGCAAACACAGAUGUAACCAGAGUUUCUACAACGUGGCUUUCACUUUGCUUAUCUUCAGUCCUCUUGCAGACUUGGUUAUGUAUAUUUUAAUCCGGAAAAGUGUCAUGGACAAGUUUUUGGCCUCACUGUGUUGCUGUAAAAUGUCUAACAAUCCUCAGACGAGCAGCAUGAGUAAUGACAGCAUGUCAGCUUCUUGUAAUCAGGUUGUAUGAGUCUAAAUGUGGAUGUUUGAAGCUGAUGCUGCUCCUUUUUUCCUGUACUUAAGCUAUAUGAUAGAAUCUUGCUGUAUGUACAGUAAUAGUUAAAAGUUAUCUAGAAAAGUUGGGAUACUUGUGGGAACUGGUAGCAGCGACUUUCAAGGCUUGAUCGACUUUCAUUGCUGCAGAACAGUUUUUAUUUGUUCUCUGAAAAGGCCUUUUUGUAUCACUCUGAAAUGUUGAUUAUACAUUUUCAGCUUUGAGUAAACUUAUAAUUUUUAUUUAACUUCUGGACGUUGACCACUCAGCUGUACCAUUACUGGACUGGAAUGCUGGAGGUUCAACUAAAAAUCUGGAACUUUGGGGGUAAAACAGUAAACAAAUUAAACUUUUUUAUUUAUGACCCUUUUCAGACAAAAACAACUCAAAGUGCUUAAAACAAAGCAGUCAGGGACAAACAUUUAUGUACAAACAGACAAUUAAUACACAUUUUAUUUGGAGGUUCUCAUUUCCUGAACAUUCAUUUUAAAAUCUUGUUGAGUUUUUUAUAUUUCAGGUUAUAUAAGACGCAUCGUUCUGUUUCUCCUUCUGGUGACACCUGCUUUGUGAUUGUGACUGGAAUUGCUGGUGUUGCAUUUUGUUUUUGUUUUUUAUUUUUAUGUUUCUUUUAGUUUUCUAUGUUGUGUAUUCUAGUUUACUUUUUAUUGGUUUUAUUGGUUUACUUCCUGCAUCUCGGUUAUCUUGCUUCCUGUUUUAUUCUGUAGAGCCUUCUCCUUUGUGUCAGCUGUAGAGCGGGGCUGCAGGUUUUCAAUGUGUCCCUGCUCCAACACACCUGACUUUUGUUAAAGGGCCAAAUAAAGAGUUCAGAUUAAAAAAAAAUUACUUUUCUUCGAAACAGGAGAAGCCAGACAUGCACAGAGAGAACGUACAAACUCCACACAGAAAGAACCAGACAGUGUGUUCAAAGCAGGAAACUUCUUGCUGUGAGGCAGCAGUGUGAACCACCAGACAGAACUACCACAAGGAAUUACCAAACCUUCUUCCUUUUCAUUAGGAAAUAUCUUUUGUUGCAUAAACAAAGCACAACAUUUGCAGUAAAAUGGAAGAUUUCUGGUUUAAGUAACAGCUUCCUGUUCAUAUCAUGGUGCUCUGAGUUUUAGUCAAGUCUGUAAUAUUAUCAGGCUGAAAACUUUAUCUUUUAUUAUUAUUAUAUUAUUUGGCUACUGCAACAUUUCUGUAUUGUUUUGCAGCCUCUACACUCAUUAUUAAAGACUCAGC